AUGGCUGGUGCUACGCGAGACAGCCAUGCCGUUAACGGCUACGACGACUGCACAUUGUGCUCUCACGAUGCACGUCACUUUGCGGGCCGAGGGGAGCUCAUAGGCGCUCCUACGGCGGGUCACACGCUCCCCGACCAUGGCUACCCCGAAUAUGGCUACACAACUAACAGCCAGUAUCACGCUCAUUCACAGCAGAGUAGCAUAAGUGGAAAUACUGCGUUCAAUAAUGCAUAUUAUGGCCGCACGCAAAUGCCUAAUCAACACAUGACCAUGAACGCGCCCUCCCUGCCAGUUCAUGGGUACGCUCACACUCGGAUGGUGCCGGCCACGGACUCUAGCGUCAGGCCGCAACAGCCAUCACAUUACGUCUAUCCGCAUCAGGAGGGGCAUUACGCGCCCUUCCCCGUACACGAGGAAAUUAAGGAUCCCCCGUCAUACGCGUACACUUCGGUCCCUCUGCCCCAGCCUGCGGCUAUAUCGCCUUUGGGAAGUAGUCGGCCUUCGAUCUCGCCGUAUGAGAGUCUCCGCCGUCUCCCUUCUAUCGCGGAUCCAUUGUCCCAGAGCGCUCCGCAAAGCGUCCGCGUGCGCUGUCGCUGGAACGCGUGUAUUAUCGACCUCGACGAUAUCUCGGCCGCAGGGAUAAAGCGUCACCUCCGUGACUUCCACAAAGAGCAUGCGGUCGAGGAAUACAAAAGCCAGCGCGGUGUUUGUCUAUGGGCCGACGGCACCCCGUGCAUGCGCGACCUCGACCGCGCAAGCUUUGGGAAGCACAUCGCCUCUGUGCACCUGAAGAGCACUGCUGCGGAGUGCCGGUACUGUCACAACGUGAUCGGGAGGCCGGACAGCCUCAAGCGUCACAUGCGUGACCACUGCCCCUACCGUCCCUCUAGCUGUUGA